AUGCCUUCUGAGGGUCGCUGCUGGGAGACUCUGCAGGCUCUGCGCAGUUCCGACAAAGGUCGCCUCUGCUACGACCGCGACUGGCUGCUGCGGGGUGAGGAUGUUUUACAAGAAUGUAUGUCUCUUCCCAAGCUGUCUUCUUACUCUGGAUGGGUAGUAGAUCAUGUCCUGCCUCACAUACAAAAGAACGCACCUCCCUCUGAGACGUCAGCAUCCUCUGUAUCUACUUCAGCCCUCGACCAACCUUCAUCUGUUCCCAGAUCUCCUCUCAGAAACCCUGCCUUCUCACCUGUCUCCUCAGCAACAUCAAAUGGAACCAAGGACAAACAGGAGUCUCCACAUACAGAACCUAUGGCACUUCAGUCCCCCCGGGGGAUGAAAGUGGAAGGCUGCAUCCGAAUGUAUGAGCUGGUGCACAGAAUGAAAGGAGCAGAGGGCUUGAGGCAGUGGCAGGAGGAGCAGGAGAAGAAGGUACAGGCCCUUUCUGAGAUGGCAUCUGAACAGCUGAAGCGGUUUGAUGAACGAAAGGAACUGAAGCAUCAUAAAGAAUUCCAGGACUUACGGGAAGUAAUGGAGAAGAGCUCCAGAGAAGCCCUGGGGCAGCAAGAGAAGCUGAAAGCCGAGCAUCGUCACAGAGCGAAGAUCCUCAACCUGAAGCUGCGGGAAGCGGAGCAGCAGCGCCUGAAGCAAGAGGAGCAGGAGCGGCUCCGGAAGGAAGAAGGCCAGGCCCGCCUGCGCAGCCUCUACGCCCUGCAGGAGGAGGUGCUGCACCUCAGCCAGCAGCUGGACUCCUCGGACCAGCACAGGGACCUGCUGCAGGUCGACCUGUCUGCCUUCCGGACCCGAGGCAACCAGCUCUGCGGUCUUGUUUCAGGGAUCAUCCGGGCCACUUCUGAGAAUGGCUUUCCCACAGCAGAGGACCAAGCUGCGGCUGAGGGAGCACUACAGGAGAUGCGCGACCUCCUCUCAAACUUGCGUCAGGAGAUCUCCAGGGCCUGUGAGGAGAAGAGGAGGCAGGAUGAAGAGGAAGCCCGGAUAAAGCAGCAAGCGGCACAGAUGCAGCAGAGGCCGGAGGCCCACAAAGAGUCUCCCGUUCCCAACCAGGGCCCAGGGGCGAAACCAAACGAAGACCUCCAGGUGAAGGUGCAAGACAGUACAAUGCAGUGGUACCAGCAGCUGCAGGAGGCCUCCAGUCGGUGUGUGCUGGCCUUUGAGGGCCUGAGCAACAGCAAAGACAGUCAGGCCAAAAAGAUCAAGAUGGACCUCCAGAAGGCUGCCACGAUCCCAGUGAGCCAGAUCUCUACCAUUGCAGGCUCGAAGCUGAAGGAAAUCUUUGACAAGAUCCACAGCUUACUUUCUGGAAAACCUGUUCAGUCUGGCGGGCACUCUGUGUCUGUCACACUUAACCCACAGGGCCUAGACUUUGUCCAAUACAAACUGGCAGAGAAAUUUGUGAAACAAGGGGAGGAGGAAGUGGCCUCCCAUCACGAAGCAGCGUUCCCCAUCGCGGUUGUGGCAUCCGGGAUCUGGGAGCUCCACCCCAGAGUAGGGGACCUCAUCCUGGCUCACCUGCACAAGAAGUGUCCUUACUCUGUUCCUUUCUAUCCAGCAUUCAAAGAGGGAAUGGCUUUGGAAGACUACCAGAGGAUGCUUGGCUACCAAGUGAAGGAUUCCAAAGUAGAGCAGCAGGACAACUUUCUAAAGCGCAUGUCUGGGAUGAUCCGUCUCUAUGCCGCCAUCAUCCAGCUCCGGUGGCCAUAUGGAAACCGACAAGAGACUCACCCUCAUGGCUUAAAUCAUGGUUGGCGCUGGUUGGCACAGAUCUUAAACAUGGAGCCCCUGUCAGACGUGACGGCCACCCUCCUCUUUGACUUCUUAGAGGUGUGUGGGAAUGCCCUCAUGAAGCAGUACCAGGUCCAGUUCUGGAAGAUGAUACUUCUCAUCAAAGAGGACUACUUCCCCAGGAUUGAAGCCAUCACAAGCUCAGGGCAGAUGGGUUCCUUCAUACGCCUCAAGCAGUUCUUGGAGAAAUGUCUGCAGCACAGGGAGAUUCCUGUCCCUAAGGGCUUCCUGACUUCCUCCUUCUGGCGUUCCUGA